GCGGGACAGAAGCGAUUGGCCCCGCCCCUUGCUCGGUCGCUGGGUUCGUGCUGUGUGAGGCCUCCCCGCCCCCCUGCACUGUUCCUCCGGGCCCUGUCGCGUCGGGAUGAGCCGCGCUUCCCCAUGGAGACCAAACGGGUCGAGAUUCCCAGCAGCGUCCUGGACGAUCUGUGCAGUCGAUUUAUUUUGCACAUUCCGAGUGAGGAAAGAGACAAUGCAAUCAGAGUGUGUUUUCAGAUUGAACUUGCCCAUUGGUUUUACUUGGAUUUCUACAUGCAGAACACACCAGGAUUACCUCAGUGUGGGAUAAGAGACUUUGCUAAAGCUGUCUUUAGCCAUUGCCCUUUUUUACUGCCUCAAGGUGAAGAUGUGCAAAGGGUUUUGGAUGAGUGGAAGGAGUAUAAAAUGGGAGUACCAACCUAUGGUGCAAUUAUUCUUGAUGAGACACUUGAAAAUGUACUGCUGGUUCAAGGAUAUCUAGCAAAGUCUGGCUGGGGAUUUCCAAAAGGGAAAGUAAAUAAAGAAGAGGCUCCACAUGACUGUGCAGCUAGAGAGGUGUUUGAAGAAACUGGUUUUGAUAUCAAAGAUUACAUCUGCAAAGAUGACUAUAUUGAACUACGAAUCAAUGAUCAGCUAGCACGCUUGUACAUCAUUCCAGGAGUUCCAAAGGACACAAAAUUCAACCCCAAAACCAGAAGAGAAAUUCGGAACAUUGAAUGGUUCUCAAUUGACAAAUUACCAUGCCAUAGAAAUGACAUGACCCCAAAGUCCAAGCUAGGUUUGGCGCCUAACAAGUUUUUCAUGGCCAUUCCCUUCAUCAGACCAUUGAGAGAUUGGCUUUCUCGAAGAUAUGGGGACUCCUCUGAUAGUGACAAUGGAUUUUCAUCCACUGGGAGCACACCAUCCAAGCUCAACAUGGAGAAAACAAGAUCCAAACUUCGUUAUAGCCAGCAGGUGUUUACAGAUGGCUCUCCAGGAGACCAGUGGACAAAGUACAGACAACCACAGCAACAGAAGCCAUAUAACAAUCAUUCUGAGAUGUCUGAAGCUCUAAAAAUAAAGAACAUGAGGGGUAAUGGUAGAAAGCAAUAUCAAGACACUUCUAACCAAAAGAAGAGGACAAAUGGGGUCCACAGUCAGCCAACGAAACAGAACCAUACAUUGAAAUGUGAAAAAAAACUUAAUCCAAGAAGACUUCAGGAUAACUUUGAAACAGCAGAUGCAGCAGCGUAUGAUGUGUGUUUCUCCAUUGAAGACCUGCUGGAACAUACAGAGGCACACUCUGUGGCAUGUAAUGGUCAUUACAAAAUCACUUUCUCAUCAAGAGCUUUCUUGAGCUUCAAGUUUGACUAUGAUGCCAUAAUGAAAAGUUUUGACCUCUGACAGCAAACCUAUUAUGGAUGAACAAAAAUCAAAGACUGACCUUUUGCAGUUGAGUGGGUUUCUAAUCCAGCCUUACUCGUUCUCAGGUGUUUUUAUUUUUUAUUUUUAAAGCAAUGCAGGGACUGAAAGAUGAUUUGGAAGGGUUCAUUCUCUUUGCAGUAUGGAAGUGGCAUAGUGAAUUGUCGCACUUUAAAUGCAGUUCCGCCUUUAUUCACGAAAGUACCUUUCCAGUGUUUGGUUCACUAGUUCCUGCUGUUGCAUUAGAGGGCAUUUUUUUUUUUAAACUUUGAAAUAUUUUAGUGUUGGCUGUAUACUAACACACUAAACUUUGAACCUGCUCUGAUGUAAAGUUGUUGGAACACUCAGUCUUUAUUUUCUAGUACUUUGCUGUAGUAUAGCAAUUAAAGUAAUUCUCAGAGGACACCCAUUUUCUCUAUCCCAGCAAUGUUGAAAUCUUGGAGCUUCUGUGCUUAAAAGAAUUACAAAUUUCAAGUCUACUCGUUUGACCUCAUCUUUGCAGUUCUCUUCUUCUCUCCGGUUGUCUGCCGAUGUUCUCUCCUCUCCAUCAUGCUCGAACUCAUUUUAGAAUGACUUGCAGUCAGUAGAACUCAAAACUAAAUCCACAGGGUCCCAUUCUGCCCUGACUUACACCUUUUCCUCCUCUGUCUUCUGUGAGGAUACGCUUGCUGGACAGAACUUGGCCUUUCACACGUACUUGUUUCUGUUCUUCCUUUGUGUCCAUUAGAAAUGUUCUCCCGUAGGAGAAAGUGGGAUGCGAGCCUUCUUUCACUUGCAGCUACUUUUAAGAUGCAGAAAGGAAAAGCUAAAUUUUGUGGGCGAGGCGAUUCUUAUGUAUUGUGCUGAAUGUAAAUAAGCCUCUGCAGGUCCUGCUGAGGGAAGGGGAGGAUUGAGGCAGAUACGUGGAUGACUAGAGAACGUCACCUACCACCUAAUGGCUUAAUCAAGUUUGCAAUAACUGUUCAUUAUUGUGUUCUAUACUGUUGUCCUUGGAGGUGUCUAGUGUAAUGUGUGUUUUCUCUCUCUAUAUAUAUAUCCAAUCGUAUUGAAUUUGAUAUUGCAGUUGCAUCUCAGUAUCUGAAAACUGUAACAAAAAUGAAUGAGGCUACAGCCUUUUAAUAAGUAUAUCAAAGAUGUGAAAAAAUUAGCAGUAGGAAUGCAAAUGAUAUUAAGUAAAAAAAAAAUUAGUCAUACAUCCUUGCAUCAUGAUUUACUUGAGAGAGUUUUGAAUAUACAUUUCAAAAGUAUUUUAUUUGGGGUUGGAAGCAAAUGAAACUCUUCACUUGUCUCAGCAACCAGUACCUAUAUUCCCCCCCCCCCCUUUUUAUUAAAAAAGAAGUGGAUGGUUCUCUAAAAUUAAGCUAGGUGGGUAUGAUGUGUAAUUUGGAGGACUGAAUUGUCUUCUAUCAAUGGCUGUUCCAAGGCUGUGUAUCUUCUGUGGUCAGAGAAUGUAUGUUCACCCACAGACAGCCUUUUAUAUCUUUUUGGUGUGGUAUCCACAAAACACAAUCCCUGUCUUCUUGCAAACACCCUAUAAUAUCUAUUAUCUUAUAUUUGCCCUCAAUAAAUAGCGUGUUAGCUUAUUUUUAUCUUCUAAUCUUUUCAUCCCUUUGGACCAGGGAAUCUAGUAAUUUUCAGUUGUUAAAACAUUUCCCAUUAGCCAGGAAAGCUGGACUCCUCUAUCAGUUAACAGGAGAAAUAGACUCCAGUUUUUCCAUUUGGAUAAGAAAGUCUUACAAUGGGUCAGUUUACUUUUAGAAUAGUUGUUGAAGUGACUCUUUUGCUUCACCUUGGUGUGGUGGCGGCGGCGGGUUGACAGCCAGUAAUAAUGUUCGGAGGUUGCUUAAAUCAGUAAGGCCCAGAUCCUCAAAGUUAUUCAGGUUGCCUAACUUACAGUAAUGUUUGUGGGAGUUAGAUCUUCAAAAAGUAUUAGGUACCUGUGCCUAAAUGCAUAUGUCCUGUUAUUUAAUUGAGAGGGCUGGAUAGUAAAGUUGGAGAGGGCUGAAUGUGUCAAUUUACCUAUUCAGAUCCAAAUGAAAACAAAGCUUUGUUCAGUCCUCUUAGAGUAAGUAGUUGAUUUCAGGGAUUUGGAGCUGUGCUCCGGCUCUGCUCCAGCUCCAGGCAAAAACCUGCAACUCAACUGCUCCGUGCUCCGCUCCAAAGCCCUGAUUGAUUUCCUAGCAAUAAGUGUCUAGCUCAUAAGGAAUCAGAAGUUAGCACUCAGACCUCCAGGCUGCUAAUGCCAGUGAGUUUAAUGAGACUCUCUUAACGCAUGAUUAAAAAUCAAGCUUUGGAAAACUUUAUUUCUGAUUGGUAGAUUGACUUUUCAAAUAUGUUCCUUUUAUGCCUCUUCACUUAAUGCACCAUGAAUUAAUAAGGGGAAGAUUGAUAGAGCUGUGUGAAUUUUAAACUUGAAACUUCCACUUGAUGACAGUUUGGGAUGUGAACUGGCUCAUAGCAAUAUGAGAGGAAGCCUCUAAAGUGAGGUAACUGCAGAGUGUGCAUAAGUGGGAUAUGCCUUACUGGGAUCACUAAGUGUAGAUUUUUUUUUUUAGGCAAAAGUUUUCAUUCAUUACAAAAAUACCUGGCUUCCUCACUGAGGAAUCCCAAACAAAGGCUGCAGAAAACAGGCCUGAUUUUAUGAAAUCUAGCAUAAAUGUGAGUUGAAAAUAAAUUUGAUAAAUAUGCAAUAAUUUCUAUUUCUUUGUGUACAAGGUACUGUUUCAGAAAUAUGUAUUGACACAGUUUCCUUCUUUCUCGAGGUCUCAAACAGCUUAUUAAAUGUGUUUGUAUAUGACCUGCCUUUGGGUUUCAGGGUGCCCUGCACUGUGAACAUUUCAGAUUGUUUACUCUUACUAGUUUUGUAUGUCCUUUUUAUGUGUUUUAUGUUCAAAAUGUUAAAUGAAUCAUUUUAUACUUUGUAUUCCAAAGUGUAGGAGUACACCUUACAGGAAUGUCUGUAAAAGAGUGAAGAAAUAGCAAAUGGAUGAUUGAGUUUCAUUCAGUGGAUUUUUUGGUUUUCAGAGUGGGUGGGCAUUUGGUGAGGCAAGAUUAUCUAGUCAAAUUGACUGUGAAUGGACUUCAGAGAUCUAAGUGCUUGUUGGUGUGAAGAUGCUUGAAAAGUAAGCAUGUCAGUUUACUGUGCUUGGAAUAAAACAACUCACCUGCAGUUGCUAAUCAAAUUGUCGCUCACUCAUUUGUGUCCUUGAAGUUAAGACUCAUGAAAUUAUGAGGAAGAAUGUUUAAUGGACAAAAAGCUCAAUGCAGGUACUGGAAAUUCUGGAAUUAGUUCACGUAGCAGUCACUAGUACUACAUAAACAGUAAUUUAUUUUAGUUUUUUAGUGGAGUUGUAUGCAUUUUCCCCCCAAUUCUUUUUAUGCAGUGUGGAGUUUUAGUUUUUAAUUUUGGAGGAUUUUGUGACUAUAGACUAAUUUAGCAUGUUUUGUAACUUGAUUGUCUUUAAAAAUUUCCAUUUUUCAAUACACAUUGCGUGCUAUUGAAUCCUGCACAGAGUUUGAGCUCUAGAGAUAGAGGUAUGGAGAGGGGAAAAUAUUUUAUUUUAAUUCACAAUUGAAAGCUUCCCUUUCUGUAUGUUUAGUUUAUAGUAAGUCUCUCUUACAAAACUACAGGUUUACAUACCGUGCUCUGAUCGUAGUUUACUUUGGAGAUCUACAAAAACAAUGUUCACUGUGUUUAAAAUGCUGCAUGUAUAACCCCUGCAUUUGAAUGUUAAGGCAGACUGUGCAGUCUGGUUAUUCCUAACAUGUUUCCAAUCAGAUUGCAUUUUCUUCUGUGAUCACUGAUUUUUAAGUGGGUUUUUUCAGUGUGAUUUGCCCCCCAACCCCCCCCCCACUGCCCUCAUCUUUGGCUGGCCUGAAUCAAGCUCUAUAUCCGUGUUGGAACUUAAAGUGUUACUGUUGGGCCAUAUGGCCAGUUUUAUAGUGUUAGCUCAGUGAGCUUUUCAUUUUUAGCUACCUGGUUCAAAUCCUGAUUUAACAAAUCAUACUGAUUACUUCAGUCUAGGAGCUAGAAUGUCUUGAGUUAUUCCAGUGUAUUUUCUCUGGGCUAACCCCAAGGUGCACUGAAUUUGUAAUUUAUUCUAAUCUAUGUUGGGAAGCCAAAAUUUUUGGAAAAAUGAGCUUGUGGAAUAGUAUAAAUCUCCUUUAUAGACUUAAGUAAUUUGCAGUUUAAACAUAGGCACAAGACUGUUGUUUUAGCUUUGUUGAUAUAAGUUUCAAACUGCUUUUGGAAUUACACUAGACCAAUUAUUUUUUUUCAACCUUUUUGUGGACCUUAAAAAAUUUCAAAUGGAGGUGUGGGCCCCUUUGGAAAUCUUAGACAUAGUCUGUGGACGCCCAGGGGGCUGCAAAUCACAAGUUGAAAACCACUGCCCUGGACUGACUUUGAGUCUACUUCAGCAUUUUAGUGUUGAAGCAACCAAAAUAUUUAAGAUGUGGAGUUUAUGCAUGAAAUUAAUUCACCCAUAAUAGAAAGUGCACUAUGAAGGCUCUCUUACAGUAAACGAGGCUUAGAAAGUUAAGCUCUGGUCAUGCUUCCCCCUCCCCCCUUUUUUUAAUAUAUAUUUGUAGCAAUGUUCUUAUUCAUCAAUGGAGGGAGCAAGAGAAUGGGCUAAAAGCUAGUAUUUGCACUGUUUUUUAUACUGUAUGUAAGCACUGAUAAGAAAUGCAGUGUGUUCUUUUCCAAGUGUGCAUUUCACUACUGUUCCAAGUAAGUUAUAAGCCUUACUGUGAGGGUGUGAUACUGCAUAUGUAGCAAUUCCUUCCUUCAUGGUCACAUUCAGGAUCAUGCAAGAACAAAUGUCUCAAUUUUAAAUGUUGUUCUACUGACCUAAUGCUUGGGUUUAACUUUACAGUGACUUUAGAAACCAUGAAAAUCAAUGUUUGCUUUUUUCUUUAAUCUAAUGUGACUCCAAUUUUAGGACAAUCUGUAGGAAACAUGAACCAAAAUGAUGACACGUUCUGUAUUACAGAAAGGCCUAUGCUCCUGAUAGUUUGCCAGCUAACACAUACAGGAUAUUUGGGGAAGGAGCAGGAUGGGAUUUAAGGAGUUUUACUCAAUGGCUUGUGAAGGUAUCUGUUCAAAUGAUUUCUGGCUGGACAGGAAGAAAAAACAUACCAUUUGGUAAUUCUGCAGGAAAAAGAACUUGUGUGUAGAAAUAACUUGUUCAUAUUUAAUUUAACAAAACUAUACCAUGAAAUUGUUUAAAACAUUCAUACUGUAUGAAUUAUUUGUUCAAAAGGUAAAUUGUACAAAGAGGUGAAAACUAACUUUUAACUUGCUAGUCUUUUAUUACAUAUCUUUUAAUAAGAUAUAGAAAUCAUGGUCUAAAUGUUGAAAGUGCCACAAAUUUUGUGAUGAGAAAUGCAACAGAUUUUUCAAUGAGAUGUUGAUGUACAUAAAAUGCUAUAAUUAAAACUUAAUUUGCUUUGCUGAUUGUGACAAGAACAUGAUUGAAUCUUGUAAGCUCUCUUGAGGACAUUCGGAUAGAAUUAUUACACUAGGAGGGGAUCACCUUUUAUUCUCACCAGUUUGGAACAGUCCUGUUACAUAAAAAAACAUUAGAUGAAAUGGUAUGCUAAUAAAUCCUAAGAGCUACCUGAUUUCUAGAGAGCAAAUAUAUUUCUCAGUCUUCUAACAGACAACCACAUACAAUAUCCAAAGAAAAAUUAUUCCAUGCUGUACAAAAAAUGUCUAAGUUCUAUGAUUGUCUUGCAGAAACAUAAGCAAUGACAAGGAUUAGUUCUGGGAUGAGGAAGUAUUCUGUUGUAUAGGCCAGGUAUGAGUGAUACUUUAAGAAUGAGGUCCAUCUUUACUGGUGGUAGGUGUUAAAUGCUCAUACUGGCUUAAAUAAAAUGUAUUUGUAGUAUUAUGCUAAUUAAACAUGAAAAGUUAGUUUUAUUCCGUUUCUAUGAGCUAGUCCUGAAGAGCACCAUUCAACUCUUAAAAUUUAGGUAAGAUCUGUAACCAUACUAACAAACAGAUUACAUGUAUUUUUGAAGCAUUGUGUACAUUCACUGAUCUAGAAAUUGAAGCACAUUGUUUGUUAGACCAUUAACAUUUAGAGUCAUUGGCUGUUCCUUUGUAAUUCUAACAGUAAAAAAUGCUUUAAAGUAUGACUGGAUAAAAUUGUUAUGUUCAUACUCAUACUUCAUUAUUACAGUAACUGUUGGCGGUUUGAAAUUUCAUGUCUGUGCAGCUUACAAUCUUACACUGUAGAAUGUUUUGACUUAUAUUGCCUUAAAUGCCCAGUAGUAGCACUGAUUCUACAUGUGCCAUUUACAAGCGCGCUAAAGUUAAAACUGACUGGAGCUGGAUUCUGAAAUUUUUAAAGACAAUGUGAGCAGGACAUAAGGGGAUGCUUUUGACAAUGUUUGGAACAUUGGAUGAGAGGAUUUACUGUCAGUGCUUUUGAAGUAUUUGUGAAAUGGAGUGAUUUGUCAUUAAAAGAAUCAAAUGUG